AUGGGAGGUGUGAUUCCCACUCCUCUGGCAAACGCCAUUAAAAUACCCAAUACUAGCAACCAGCUCCACUCUGAUUCUCAGCACAGCGCUUUUGUAAAGACUGAUGGAAUUUCUGGUGUCUCUGCUGGGGAGAUUGGGGGCGGGGCGGUGGAGAGGAACCAGGUGCAGAUUGGCUGGGACUCAGUGACCUUUGAGGAUGUGGCAGUGAACUUCACCCAAGAAGAGUGGACUUUGCUGGAUCCUUUUCAGAAGAAGCUAUACACUAAUGUGAUGCUGGAAACCUGUAGUAACCUUGCUUCUGUGGGAAUUAAAUCAGAAUACCAGACCAUUGAAGACCAGUAUAAACAUCCUGGGAGAAAUCUAAGAGAAACCUCCAAGAUAUCAGAUGUCAAUAGAAGUCCAAAAAUUUUAAUUUCGGUGAAACUAUGUGAAUGUAAUUUGUAUGGGAAAGUUUUCAUGCAUCAUUCAUCAUUUAAUAGGAACAUCUUAUCUCACCCCGGAUACCUUUAUGAGCUUGAGGAAUAUGGAAAGAAGCAAUAUGAAUGUAAGCAGGGUGGUAAAGUGUUCCAAGGUCACAGUUCCCUUCAAAGACAUGAAAUAAUUCAUGCUGGAGAAAAACCAUAUGAAUGUAAGCAGUGUGGUAAGUCAUUCAUUUAUCCCUAUUUACUUAAAAUUCAUGAACGGUAUCAUACUGGAGAGAGACCUUAUAAAUGUAAGGUAUGUAGUAAAGCCUUUCUUUGUUCCUCUUUCCUGCAAAGACAUAAAAGAACUCACACAGGAGAAAAACCAUAUAAAUGUAAGCAAUGUGCUAAGCCCUUUAGAGGUCUCAGUAAUCUUCGAGUACAUGAAAGAACGCAUACUGGAGAAAAACCCUAUGAAUGUAGACAGUGUGGGAAAGCUCUGAGAAGCCACAGCUCCAUUCAGAGACAUCAAAUAGCCCAUGCUGGGAAGAAACCCUAUGAGUGUAAACAGUGUGGUAAGUCUUUCAUUUAUCCCUAUUUACUUCAAACCCAUGAAAGAUCUCAUACUGGAGAGAAACCCUACAAAUGUAACAUUUGCAAUAAAACCUUUCGUUGUUCUUCUUUCCUGCAAAGACAUGAAAGAACUCACACAGGGGAAAAACCCUACAAGUGUAAACAGUGUGGUAAAGCCUUCAGCAGUCAUAGUUCCCUUCGAUUGCAUGCAAGGUCUCACAGUGGGGAGAAGCCAUAUAAAUGUAACAUAUGUAGUAAAGCUUUUCUGUGCCCCUCUUUCCUUCGAAGACACGAAAGAACUCACACUGGGGAAAAGCCCUAUGAAUGCAAGCAGUGCAGCCAAACCUUCAGAGGUCAGAGUUCUCUUCAGUCACAUGAACGAUCACACACUGGAGAGAAACCCUAUAAGUGUAAGCUCUGUAGUAAAGCCUUUCUAUGUUCCUCUUUCCUGCAAAGACAUGAAAGGACUCACUGUGAAGAAAAACCGUAUGCGUGUAAACAGUGUGGUAAAGACUUUAAAGAUCAAGGUUCCUUUCAAAGACAUAAAGUUUCUCAUGUUGGAGGAAAACCCUAUGAAUGCAAGCAGUGUGGUAAGUCUUUUAUUUAUCCAUGUUUACUUCAAGUUCAUGUGAGAACACACACUGGCGAAAAACCCUAUGAAUGUAAACAAUGUGACAAAGCCUUCCGAAGUCUCAGUUACCUUCGUAUACAUGAAGGAAGUCACACUGAAGAAAAGCCCUAUGAAUGUAAACAAUGUGACAAAGCCUUCCGAAGUCUCAGUUACCUUCGUAUACAUGAAGGAAGUCACACUGAAGAAAAGCCCUAUGAAUGUAAACAAUGUGGUAAAAGUCUCAGUUGUUCAAGCGCUCUGCAGUUACACAAAAGAACACACACUGGAGAAAAGCCCUAUGUGUGUAAACAGUGUGGGAAAGCCUUCAGGGGUUUCAGUUAUCUUCGAGUACAUGAAAGGGCUCACACUGAAGAAAAACCCUAUGAGUGUAAGCAGUGUGGGAAGACUCUCAGUUGCUCAAGUUCCCUUCAACUACAUGAAAGAACCCACACUGGAGAAAAACCUUAUGAUUGUAAGCAGUGCGGUAAGGCGUUCAGAAGUCUCAGUUGUCUUCGAGCACAUGAAAGAACCCAUACCGGUGAAAAGCCCUAUGAAUGUGAAGAAUGUGGCAAAACCUUCAAAAGUGCUGGUUACCUUCGAAUCCAUGAAAAAACUCAUAGUGGUUUCUAUGAGUGUAAGCAGUGUGGUAAAAUUCUCAGUUGUUCAAGCUCUCUUCAAUUACAUGAAAGAACUCACACUGGGGAAAAACCCUACGAAUGUAAGCAGUGUGGUAAGGCCUUCAGAAGUCAAAGUUCCCUUCGAAGGCACGAAAGACUCCAUGCUGGAGAGAAACCCUAUGAAUGUAAACAGUGUGGUAAGUCCUUCAUUUAUCCAUGCUACCUUCAAAUGCACGAGAGGUCUCAUACUGGUGAGAAACUCUAUAAAUGUAAUAUAUGUAGUAAAGCCUUUCUUUAUCCCUGUUUCCUUCAAAUGCAUGAAAGAACUCACACUGGUGAAAAACCUUAUGAAUGUAAGCAGUGUGACAAAGCCUUCCGAAGUCACAGUUCCCUUCAAAUGCAUGAAAAAAUUCAUACAGGAGAAAAACCCUAUGAAUGUAAACAGUGUGGCAAAGCUUUGAUAAGUCAUAGUUCUCUUCAGAGACAUAAAGUAGCUCAUGCUGGAGGAAAACGCUAUGAAUGUAAACAAUGUCAGAAAUCCUUUACUUAUCCAUAUUUACUUCAAAUUCAUGAAAGAUCUCACACUGGAGAGAGACCCUAUGAAUGCAAAGACUGUGGUAAAGCCUUUACAUGUUACCGUUCCCUUCGAAGACAUGGAAAAACACAUGCCUGAGAAAAAUAACCCUGUGAUGCAAACAA